AGCGCUUUCCUAUCAUGACAAGUGGCUCCGCAGCAGGGCGGUGCAGCAUGCUAGAUCCUGAGGGCAGUGUGGAGCACCAGCCUUCCUCUGCCUUUCCCAAAGUUUUCCUCAUCCCUCUAGCCAUGCUCCUUGUGAUCGCAGCAUUCCUGCUCUUAGCGUUUUCUGCUACGCAGCAGAAAGAGCCUGAUUUUUACACUUUCAAAGUUGUAAAUAUCAGGGGCAAACUAGUCUCCCUGGAGAAGUACAGGGGCUCGGUGUCACUAGUUGUCAAUGUUGCGAGUGAGUGUGGGUACACAGAUAGCCACUACAAGGCCUUACAACAGUUACAGAGAGACUUUGGCCCAUAUCACUUCAAUGUGCUGGCGUUCCCAUGCAAUCAGUUUGGGCAGCAAGAACCAGACACCAACAAAGAAAUCGAGAGUUUUGCGCGAAAGACUUAUGGUGCCUCCUUUCCUAUGUUCAGCAAAAUUACAGUCAGUGGAGCCGGCGCAAUUCCUGCCUUCAAAUACUUAAUUGAAUCUACAGGAGAAGAACCAACCUGGAACUUCUGGAAAUACCUGGUGGACCCCAAUGGGAAAGUAGUAAAGGCCUGGGACUCCACUGUCUCUGUUGAAGAAAUAAGACCUUAUGUUACAGAACUUGUAAGGAAAAUCAUCCUGAAGAAGAAAGAUGAAUUAUGACUUUCAAAAGUCCCAGCAUUCCAAUUACAGCUUUAUUGAUAAUUAGAGCUGGAAUUUGUCUUUUCACAUUCCAAAAGAGAGAAUACAGGGAAGUGAAAUCAUGAUCUAUAUACAUCACCCUAAGAAAGAAUGCAGAAAACAGAAAAUUAUCAUGGUCAAAGUAAUUUAAAAUUUUUUCUCCAACUGAAAUAAAUUUGACCUUCCUGGGAAAGCAGAACUCAUCAGCAAUUGUUUCUUUCCCAAUUCAAAUUAUUAAUUGUUGGUAACACUACGAAUUCGGUUCAGGAAUCUGUAGGCAGAAGGCUCAGAAUAAUGAGAAUUUCCCAACUGGGAUCUCACUGACAUCUACAAUGCUGUUGUCAUAUCUUGUUUGCAAACUGAAUAAAAAAAAUAAAGAGUAGGUAGUGCAUGAUUGAAUUAAGGCAUGUGCUCGGGAGAGGGCCAAAACAUAACUUCACACCAGGCAGACUUACAUAUACAUCUUUAGUUACCAAGGGCAAAUAUACUUAAUUUCAUCUGCCUAGGAAGUCAAUUAAGAAGGACAUGGGGAAAAGACAUCUGUAAAACUGAAAUGAAAGAAAUGUGAAGACAAAAUCUGUGAAAAUUCUCCAAAAACUAUGAGACGAUUUUCUGUGUCUUUUCACCCAGUAAAGAUUAUCAGUGACAUAUAAAUAGCCAUUUGAACAUCUGUAAGACUACAGCCUAUACGAAAAGACUAUUUCUUUCUUCUGUUAGCAUUUUGCCUUACAAGAAUUACUCUCUCCUCAUACAACUGAUGUCAAUUUUAUUUUAAAAUUUUUAACUCCAUCUGAUUUUGCUGCGUGUGCAGACAAAAUUAGAGAAUCAACAUUUUUCCAUGGAAAUAUUUUUUAAAAUGUUUAAUUGUUGCAUAAUGCUACAUUAAUACGACAUUAGUGGUACAAAUGUUUAAUGGCAUCUUUUUCAAAUGUAGCCCUCAUACAUCUGCCCAGAUUUCAGACUGCAGAACUUCUUAGCUCAUACUAAAAUAAUAACUCUAACAAUUACAGCCUCAUUGUUCUUUGACAGAAACCCUUUGAAAAUCUUGUCAGCAAGAACUCUUUUUAUCUGAACAAAAACACAAUGUACAGGUCCCCUGCUCUUAAGCCCAGAAUGUUUAAGAAGAAUCUAGUCUUGUCCAACUGCAGUAUUAUUGAUGAGUGAAAGCUCUUUUUGUGCUUCGCAAUGCCCUUAAAAGCAGCACAAACAACAUUGGUCUGUAUAGGAUGAACCCUUUCCAAUUGAUUAUUGCCAUUGUGUCUCUUUAGACUUCUAGAAUUUCUCUAAUAGAGAAUGUGAGAUCAUAUCUAUGCAAAUCCAUAGUUCUGUUUGAAGUUGAACAUGUAUAAUUGAAAUAGAGAGGGCUUAAGGUGUCUUUCAAAGCAUGGUCUGGGCUUAUCCAGGCUUCAGUUAUGAAACAGAAACAUACUUUCUAAGGAAAAAAAAUUUAAGCUCUGCAGCGCUUGCUGUAGAGUUCACUUUUCUCACCAUCUGAGGAGGAAAAUACAGGCAUAUGCACUGCCAUGAGCACCAAUUGCCUGCACUCUUAAGUUACGCUUCAAGUAAGAAGUAGCUGAUAUAGCUUGGAACAUACUCAUUAGUAUUAGUAUGACCUGAAUGUUUACGUGCCCUGUGUGUUCCAAAGAUCCUUUGGUUGCAAACUGUCUUCUCAUUUCCUUCUGCUUUCUACCUUCUUACCUGAUCUUUCUUUUUGCUCUUGUACUUCUGUUACUGCCCCUCAGGGUCUUUCUGCAAAUCGUAAAGUACCUCUAGCUCCUACUUCCUUAGACCACUCCAUAGGAUGAAUCUAAGGUUUCAGGAGACAGCAGCUGUUCAGGCAUGGGAACUAGAAUGUACUCUAGGAUCGACACUUUUAUUUCCAAUAGUUCUUCAGUAUUCUUCUUUCUCCUGUUGUUUCGCAAAGCCGGAAGACUUGCCUUUGAUUUCAACUGGAGCCUGUUUGGAUACUGAAGAGCUAUAGUGGCAGUGAUGAGUUGGAAAAAGUUAAUGGCCAGGUCAAUUAAGGCUUAUUUGUACACUUGGGUGCUGACAACUAUAUGGACAAAUAUUGUUUGUGCUACUUUAGAAAGCAUUACAAAGAAAAAAAAAUCUUUUACUUGUCAAUAGUUCUGCAAUUGGACGAGACUAGAUUCUUCUUAAACAUUCUGGGGUUAAGCGCAGGGGACCUCCAUAUUGUGUUUUUGUUCAGAUAAAAAGAGUUCUUGCUGACAAGAUUUUCAAAGGGUUUCUGUCAAAGAACAAUGAGGCUGUAAUUGUUAGAGUUAUUAUUUUAGUAUGAGCUAAGAAGUUCUGCAGUCUGAAGUCUGAGCAGAUGUCUGAGUGCUAUGAAUAACUUAAUACUGAUAACUGUUAGAGUUGGUGUUCUUACCAGUUUGGCAGUUUAAAGGGAACUAAGGUAAGUAUUACAUAUGCAAGUUCUGAAACAACAAUACAUUGGAACAGGCACAUGAUUUUAAGCACAUAACUAUUCUCUCUGAAGUUAACAGAAACAUUUUCAUGAUUAAAUUAAGCAUGUGGCAUGUAUUCCAUCUUUUGUUGCAUUGGAAUCAGUCUGUAGAACAAAUGCUUUGGUCCUUUAAUCAAAGUUACAGAGGAAAAGUAAAUAUUCUUAGUUGUGGAUUAACUCA